AUGUCUGAAAAGAUAAUUGUCUUCAAUAAAACAAUUUUCUCUAUCAUCGGUUCAACUGACGUUGCAGCCAGUAGUUUUGGUAGAUUUUUUACGGAACCUCCAGGACCUAUUGAUGGUCCAUCUUGCACAUACAAAGGAGAAACAUAUCCAAAUGGAGUCCACGUUUACAAGGAUGGGAGCUGUAAAAAAUAUUAUUGCAACUAUGGGGAAAUAGAAUUAUAUUUGACUGAUGACUGUGAUAUAUUCUAUUUAUAUGAACAAGAUAUUGAAGUUAGUAUGUGCACGAAAAUCUACACAGAAGGAGUUUGUUGUCCCAGAUAUGAUUGUCCACCAGAAGCUUAUCGAGGCAGAGAAAGACCAGAAGAGUACUCUUCAUCUUCAUCUCCAUCAGAAGAGUACUCUUCAGAAGCACCAGAAGAGUACUCUUCAGAAGCACCAGAAGAGUACUCUUCAUCUCCACCUACACCAGACUCUUCUUCAAAAACUUUAAAAUGCGUAACUGUUCAAUAA